UUUGUAGACCCCUAUUCAUGACAAGCAUUUUGCUGACUGAUUGUUGUGACUUUGCCCACAUGUGUUUGAAAGAACCCAUUCUGGGAUCUGUUGCAGAUAUUUGUGGAAUUUGACCGGUGCAAUUGGAAGCAGCAUGCCUGGGUGAAAGUUCAUGCUGAAGAAGUGAUCGUUUUGAUGCUGGAAGGGUCUCUUGUUUGGGCCCCUCGAAAUGACCCAGUUCUGCUUCAGGGAACCAGAGUGUCAGUUGGACACUGGCCAGCGUUGACUUUCACUCCCUUGGUAGAUAAGCUUGGCUUAGGUUCUGUGGUUCCAGUAGAGUCUCUUGUAGACCGAGACUUGAGAUUCCUGUCUGAUGCCAGUGGACUACGUCUCUUCCAGAUGCCGACUGAUAGUCAGAACCAAAUUCUCCAACAACAGCCAAUAUUGAGGGAAGCUGUCAAUUCAUUGGUCAGUGAUCAGAAGCUUCAGGAGAUAUUUAGCAGAGGUCCUUGCAGCAUCCAAGGUCAAAGAGUGAAGGUGUACCAGCCAGAGGAGGAAAACAGCUGGGUCUCUGCUGUUGUGAGCUGUCAAGAUCCUAUCACCUGUCUGAUGGAAGUGGUUUUGACUGAGACUGGUGAAAUCAAGUCAGUGGAUCCCCGACUGAUUCAUGUAGUGAUGGACACCUCUGCACUGAAUGAGGGAGCUUCUCUAAAGGCAGCGAAAUCAUCAAAAGGAAAAAAGAAGAGAGAAGGUGUGGAAGGGAAAGAUGGACGAAGGAGAAAAAAUUCUUCUGAUACUGGGUGUGAUCAUGCUACGAAGAAGCUAAAGGAGAGGGGUGAAGUGGAUAGCAAUGGGAAUGAUGGAGGUGAGGCAAAUAGGGGAGCUUGGAAAGGAAGCAGCAGCAGUGACGUGACUCUGGAUCCAAGGGCCAAGCAACUUCCUCCAUUUGUCCCUCAAGUUAAUCGCAGUAUUCGUUUUGCCACAUACACCAAGGAGAAUGGCCGAACUCUUGUGGUCCAGGAUGAACCAGUGGGUGGUGACCCACCUAUGCCCUUUACUUCCUUGUCUUCAACUGCUUCCCAGGCACUGCUGAGUGGCAGUGGUAACCAAGAGAUGGCAAAACCAUUAGAGCAGGCCAGCCAAGUCCAGGUGCCUGCCCCUGCCAUUCUUGCUACAGCUGGGCCAACGCCAGCUACUGUGCGGAUUCCAGAUGCUGGCUUGUCAGCAACUACUGGACAAGAAAAACAGAACGUAGGCCAUUUGCCUGUUCAGGGAGAGAUUUCCCCCAAUUCAUUGUUGGCUUCGUCAGGGUUUGGAGUAGCACACUCAGUUGGUUCCCAACCUGUGGCAUUUGACAGCGGGCGAAACCAAUCCAAUGGAGUAAUAGCUCCAGAGAAGAAGCCUGUUGGAUUUCCAUUUGGUAGUAGCACUGGUCAUGAGGUCCAGAAAGACUCUGAUUUAUCAAAUAACUUGUUUUUUCAGUGCAUGUCCCAGAAUCUUCCCUCCAGCAACUACUUCACAGCCUUGUCAGAGAACCUGGCUGAAGAGCCCGCUAGUCAGGACUCGUUAAAAAAAAAUUCAGAGAGCCUGAGUGCGGGCAUCUGCAAAGGUAAAGCUCUUGCAGUAGAAGCUAAAGCUGGGACUCAAUUGGGCAGUUCUGUGGACCGGAAACUGCCAGCGGAAUCUAUGCCCACGCUUACUCCAGCUUUCCCCCGAAACAUUGUGAGUACUCGACCUCCAGAAAAUCACGAGAAUCUCUUUUUGCAACCCCCAAAACUCUCACGAGAGGAGCCCUCAAACCCUUUCUUGGCAUUUUCAGAAAAAUCAGAACUCAGUCCUUUCAGCAGCUUCGCCUCUUCAUCUCAGCCAGGAGCAACUGCUACUCCCUCUUCAGUUCUUGGUUCCAAGGCAGCUUCUGGCUGGCCAGAUUUGCACACUGGAGCUGACUCUUUAGCUAAAAAGAAAAGCUUGUUUAUAACGACUGAUUCCUCCAAGAUCCUGUCCAGUGCACCUACUUCAACUCGCUUUCCCGGUGUUCAGAGUUCAUCUACUCUGGGGAAUGGCCGUUCCACCUCACCUAUCGGAAGCUUGACACAGCCUAUUGAAAUGCCCACGCUCUCCUCCAGCCCAACAGAAGAAAAGCCAUCUGUUGGGCCUGGGCAGCAGGACAAUCCUCUUAUGAAAACCUUUUCUAAUGUGUUUGGCAGACAUCCGGCUGGCUUUUUCUCUUCACAGGCAGAGCUGGCACUGGAGAACAAAAACCCCUUUGAAACUGUGAAAAGGUUCUCUCUAGAUGAGCGGAGCAUGCCGUCUAAGCAGGAUUCUGAUUCCAGUACCAAUAGCGACCUCUCGGAUAUGAGUGAUUCUGAGGAGCAGCUGCACACCAAAGCUUGUCUGAAGGGAAUCCCAGAGCAUCUGAUUGGGAAACUGGGUCCUAAUGGCGAGCGGAAUGCAGAACUACUAAUGGGCAAAGGAAAAGGGAAACAAACCCCUAAGGGCAGGCCUCGCACAGCCCCCCUGAAAGUUGGCCAAUCUGUACUGAAAGACAUGAGUAAGGUGAGGAAGCUGAAGCAAUCAGGGGAACCAUUCCUCCAAGAUGGCUCCUGCAUCAACGUAGCCCCUCAUCUGCACAAGUGCCGGGAGUGUCGGUUGGAACGCUACCGGAAGUUCAAGGAGCAGGAGCAGGACGACUCCACUGUAGCCUGUCGCUUCUUUCACUUCCGCAGACUGAUAUUUACUCGGAAGGGUAUAUUACGAGUGGAGGGAUUCUUGAACCCCCAACAGAGUGACACUGACGCUUUGAGCUUGUGGAUCCCGUCUACUGCCCCUGCAGAGGGAAUUGACCUGGAAACCUCCAAAUACAUCCUUGCCAAUGUUGGAGACCAGUUUUGUCAGUUAGUUAUGUCUGAGAAGGAGGCAAUGAUGAUGGUGGAACCACACCAGAAAGUGGCCUGGAAGAGAGCUGUACGUGGAGUGAGGGAGAUGUGUGAUGUAUGUGAAACAACACUGUUCAAUAUUCACUGGGUUUGUCGCAAAUGUGGCUUUGGGGUGUGUCUGGACUGUUACCGUCUCAGAAAAAGCCGUCCACGCAGUGAGACGGAGGAGAUUGGUGAUGAAGAGGUUUUUUCAUGGUUGAAGUGUGCAAAGGGACAGUCGCAUGAACCAGAGAAUCUCAUGCCAACACAGAUAAUCCCUGGCACAGCACUGUAUAGUAUUGGAGACAUGGUUCAUGCAGCCCGUGGCAAAUGGGGAAUUAAAGCCAACUGCCCAUGUAUUAAUCGGCAGAAUAAAUCUGUGCUGCGACCUGCCGUCACCAAUGGAAUUUCACAGCUGCCCAGUAUGAAUCCUAGUGCAUCCACACCUGCAAAUGAAAGCGCUUUCUCCAGUGGCACAGGGACAACAGAAGGAGGGCAGACGGACACUAAUGUUAUUUCUAAGCCUGAAGCUACGGAGGACAAAGCUGAGGAGCCUAUAAAGACAGAGGCUCAAGGAACCAGUAACAGUGGGGAGACAAAACCUAACAAGUCACUAUGUCCGGAAACAAGUCCCUCUUCAGCAUUGCAUUGGCUUGCAGAUUUAGCAACACAAAAGGCAAAAGAAGAAACGAAAGAAGCUGGAUCACUGAGGUCAGUGCUCAAUAAAGAAUCUCAGUCACCUUUUGGAUUGGAUUCCUUCAACACCAAUGCAAAGGCCUCCCCUUUAACUCCAAAGCUUUUUAAUAGUCUCUUAUUGGGCCCAGUUGCCUCAAGCAACAAGACAGAAGGUUCCAGUCUUCGCGAUUUGCUUAACUCUGGGCCAGGAAAGCUGCCUCAGGCUUCACUUGAUGCAGGCAUCCCUUUUCCUCCUGUCUUUUCUGGAGCUUCCACUGGUGCUAAGAAUAAGGCCAGCUUGCCAAAUUUCCUUGAUCAUAUUAUUGCCUCAGUGGUGGAAAAUAAGAAGACGUCUGAUGCUGCCAAGCGAGCAAGCAACGUGGCUGAUACACAGAAAGAAGUGAAAGAGAUGGUAAUGGGAUUAAAUGUGCUGGACCCACACACUUCCCAUUCUUGGCUCUGUGACGGAAGGCUUUUGUGUCUCCAUGACCCCAGCAAUAAAAACAACUGGAAGAUCUUCAGGGAGUGUUGGAAACAGGGCCAGCCUGUUUUAGUUUCUGGUGUUCAUAAGAAGCUGAAGGCUGAACUCUGGAAACCAGAAGCCUUUAGUCAAGAAUUUGGAGAUCAGGAUGUAGAUCUGGUCAAUUGUAGGAACUGCGCCAUAAUCUCAGAUGUGAAAGUGCGUGACUUCUGGGAUGGCUUUGAGGUCAUUUCUAAGCGUCUAAGAUCUGAUGAUGGACAGCCCAUGGUACUGAAGUUAAAGGACUGGCCUCCAGGAGAAGAUUUUAGAGACAUGAUGCCGACAAGGUUUGAGGACCUAAUGGAGAACCUUCCUCUCCCAGAGUACACUAAGAGGGAUGGAAGACUGAAUCUGGCAUCAAGGUUGCCAAGCUACUUUGUACGACCAGAUCUGGGUCCCAAAAUGUACAACGCAUACGGACUGAUAACGGCAGAAGACAGAAGAGUUGGUACAACCAAUCUGCAUUUGGAUGUGUCAGAUGCUGUUAAUGUCAUGGUAUACGUUGGGAUUCCCAUUGGAGAAGGUUCCCAUGAUGAUGAGGUGCUGAAAACGAUUGAUGAGGGAGAUGCUGAUGAUGUUACAAAACAGCGAAUCCAUGAAGCAAAGGAGAAGCCUGGGGCACUAUGGCACAUUUAUGCUGCUAAGGAUGCUGAGAAGAUCAGGGAGCUUCUUCGCAAGGUUGGUGAAGAACAAGGACAAGAAAAUCCUCCAGAUCAUGACCCAAUCCAUGACCAAAGCUGGUACCUGGACCAGACCCUCCGUAAGCGUCUGUAUGAGGAGUAUGGAGUACAAGGCUGGGCAAUAGUGCAGUUCCUGGGAGAUGCUGUAUUUAUUCCUGCAGGGGCCCCUCACCAGGUUCAUAAUCUGUAUAGCUGCAUUAAAGUAGCAGAAGAUUUUGUAUCUCCAGAACAUGUGAAACACUGCUUCCGCCUAACCCAGGAGUUCAGGCACCUGUCUAACACUCACACAAACCAUGAAGAUAAGCUGCAGGUGAAGAACAUUAUCUACCAUGCAGUGAAAGAUGCUGUUGGCACACUAAAGGCUCACGAGUCCAAACUGGCUAGGUCGUAGGAACUGGUGAUUCCAAACACCCCCCCUCUGGAGUCAUUUUUUUGCUCACAGUAUAGAAGGGGAGCGCACAUACCUGCCUGUGCAGGAGCCAGAGGCUUCUUGCUAAGAGAUGCCAUGGCAUUCAUUACACUCUCCAGCCACCGUCUUCUAUGCUGCCUCAAUACUAAGGAAACUAAAGGAAGGUCACUAUAACAUGCAAUGAAAGGUGCUGUGUCCCUUUCCUGUGGCCUUUUGCAAAUUUAAAUUGUAUGGAAACCAUGUUUUCCAUACAAUAGGUGUUCCUGCCUAUUAUGAAUAGAACGUGUGAACCUUUUUCAUGCCUAGUUAGUCUUUCCAAGAAGUUAGAAAGAAUGAUGUGAAGGUGGACAUUCUCUUGCAGACUUAAGUAGCUAGCUCUGAAAGAGUGCGAUCACCAGGAGCCCAGCUGCUGAAGCAGGUUCCUCCUGAGUCUGACACAGGCCAAGGAAAGAAAGAUGUUCUUCAUGCUCCCUUUUAAGAGUUCGCUAUACACUGUAGAAACGCAGAGAGAAACCACUUUUUCCCUGAUGGCUCCAGGAUUUAAAAAUGUGUAUUUAGUGAAAAACUAGGUUUGUAGUGAAACAGUAUUUCAUGAAAGUAGAUAUUUUUAGAAUUUGAAAUACCACAACUGUUCCUGGGUUACAAGGAAAGGCACAUUGUGUUUAGUCUUCCUUUCAGUAAAACCUUUCAAGAAAUGAUUCUUAGAAAUAAAUCCAGAAUAGCACAAUUGGCCAGAGGAGAGCUAAAAGAAAUUGACUCCCAACACCAGUUUCCACAAAUACAAGGGGGGGGGGGGGAGAACUUUUAUGUUUUGGAGAUGUUGUACAUCUCUCCCUAAACUGGCAAACCAGGUAAUAGUUCACCAGUUGUCAGUUCUAGAUUGGGACUUAUACUUCCCAUAACUAAUUUUCAAUAUCAGCUUUGUCCAGAAAUAUUUUCAGUAAAAUGUUCCUGCUUGAUAGAGUUGUAUUCAGAAUUGUCACCAUUGAACUGAUGGAUUCCAUUGUUUGACUGUACAUUGGGACUAUAUCUACCUUCUAUCCAGCUGUACUGUAGUGCCACCUGCAGGCCUGUUAAUAUGUUCACGGUUAUUUCAUUUUUAAAAAAAUAAAAGUCAUUUACUGUAGAA